UGGUUUCGUCACAACAUAGACAAUCUGACCCGUCUGUUUUCUUCUUCAUUAGUGCUGUCCGCUGUCUAAUGAUUGUCUACGUUCUGAUGGAGGUUUGGACCUUUUUUCUCCGAGUCUGUUUUAUUGUGAAUCAGAUAUACUAGCAACAGUUGGAUACUGGAAGUGUUUUGUUUAUAGUGUUGUGUUUGCGUGUAAUCACUUAACACAGGAAAAACCAUUCUUGGGAGACCUUUUUCGUACAGUAAGUAGUUAAGUUUUUUGAAACUAUGUUUUUCUAUCCGAACCUCAUACCAGGACAUUGUCGUAUCGCCUUUCCAUCGUGACCAUGGAUUAAAAGUAGAUUUUAAAAAAAAAAGCUUGGAAACAUCUGUCUUCGCUGAUAUCGUUUAAUAUGUAAACAUCAAAAAGAACUGAUAAAAACACAACUUCAAUAUGGAUUCCAACAGGAGAAAGAAAAUAUAAGAUUCUGACAGACUGGUAACCUUAGAAACCUUUCUGUACUAAGUGUAACGUGUGACCUUGACCUGUUACCAUGGAUAAUUCAGAGUAUAGGACGCUGAAUGUGAUUGGGGUCGGGACCUCGGGGCGUGGCCUCAAAACCCUGAACAACAAAAACAACCUUGAAGACUUAUACCUGAAGAAGAAGCUAGUCCAUUAUAAGAGAGAGCACACCUACAGCAUCGCACACUUAGAUCGCGACAGAUUUGAUACCCACGACUUCAUGAAACAUAUCUUACAGAUCGAGUCCGACUCGCACCCUGCAGCCAUCCAGUACCUCGGAAGGGAUCCUAAGAAACCAACCCGUCAAGGUCCAAGGCGUCAUCGCACGGCCCCCGGAGACUCUGACCAGGAGUCAGACAGCGAACAUCAUCCAACACCCAUCCCGGUGAAGACACCAAACUACAACCAGUCCCGUAAAUCUAUGAUGCUCCCACCAACCACGCAAAUAACGCUGUCAGAGCUACCAAAUCAGGACGAAUCGGCGGCUGUGGGUGAAAUCAAGAGUGUCAUGAAAGAAAGCCUGCCUUCUCUGGACAGGAAGAAGUCUAUUUACCUCCAGAUCGCAGCCGUGACAAGUAAGACUGAGGAUAAUACAUGUGCCAGCAGUGACUCACAGUCGGAGCACGACUCGGAUAACGAGCUGUUCCGGAGUGAUGGCAGAAAAAAGUCGUUCAUGGCCUGGAUGCAAGAACAGAAAAGUGACAAGGACAAAGUUGCUCUGGCGCGGAUUCAAUUGAAACGUGAAGAUCCUCUUGUACGUAGAAGGAACGAAUUCCACCAAUGGAUGGCAGAUCGAAAAGAACAGAGAGAAAGAACUGCAAAAACAUAUUCUCAUCUUCUGGAUUCAAGCGGUCUUGGUGACGUGAAUCAACUACUUGUACCGCAAAACCUUGGUAGCAGCAAUGGGAUGUCUUCCCUGUCACCGACUGUCAGACAAUUGCCGUCCUUUGCCAGUGUCGGCAGAAUGGUUGGUAACAUGGGGAAAGUAAGGAAGCGACCAAUUAAAGACAGAAUGAGUGAAUUCUGUAAAAAGUGUGAACACCUGAAACUAGAAAACGCAACUAUAGAACUGACGGACGCUCAGAUAAAGAGGCGCUGGAAAAUGAGGACGAAAGGAGUGCGCGCGGCACUUGCCGACUCCAGUGACGAUGACGACGAGGCGUAGAUCGUGCUCGAUAACAGACCAGCAAGUUUCAGUAUCAAACGGACCGAAAAGGUGGCAUACAUGUUGUUUAAGACGAACCGUAAAGUGUUCAGGUAUAGAGCUACCGUAGUUAUUCAUUUGAAUACGUGCCUUUAACGUUACUUUGCAUACCGUUAUGGCUCCUCAUAAAUGUUAGUGGUGUAAACGGACCGUAAACAGUUGUCUACAUGGACGAGUAAACAAUGACAAUACAUUGUUUAAGUACACGAUUGCGUGGACCGGAAUGGAUCUUGGCAAUUUGGAAGCGUUUUCCGAACCUCUUGGAUAAAUGAAGGAUCCAUUACAUUGUGGAAUUCCUACAGUUAACACACUGUGAACGAUUCUCUUUUGUUGUUUUGUAUAUAUAUUGCGAUUGGUUUUCAUUCCACUGAAAUUCCGUAUGAACGGUAGGAUAAAAGGGACAUCAUUACAGACAAGAAAUAUAUGGCAAAUAUUAUCAUAAAUGUUAUUCAAACCUGUUUAUUCCAUCACUAUUGUGUACGAAAUGUGUGAUUUAUCAAGAAGGAGAACUCAAAGUGUUGAAUGUCCAGCAUCAUGUCAUGAAUUGAUGAGACAAUUCGUCAUAACAUCACUUCACAGGUGUUUGGAUUGGUUGGCCCCUUACUCUCUUAAACUAGCAAACAAAUCAAUCGAGCACUGCUACUCUACUAGGACCGGUGGUAUCAGCGGGGUUCACGUCAGAGAUUUUUUUUAUAUACAAUAUUUUUUAAUGAGGAUGGUCAAUCAUUUCUAGCACUUGAACAUCACAUAACCCGGUGAACUGUCAUUAAGGUAAUACCUUAACUUGUAUAGUUCAUAUUUGCGUUAUAUUCAGAUACAUUUCAAUUUUUAUGCACUGAAAUUUUGUUGAUUAAUAAAAAACUUUCAGAACACAAACGUUUCUUGGUUUUAAACCAAUAGUAAAUGAUGCAAUAAAUAAUA